AUGGCAACUGCAAAGCAUGAUCAUGCUGGGAGAAGUAUGAUGGAGUUUCAGAACCAAGCAAAGCAGUUGUUUCGUAAGAUUUCAGCAGACCCGCAACCCCCAACUAGAUGUAGCCUUGAAUCGGGACCAUAUAUAUUCCACUACUACAUAGAGAGAGGAGUGUGUUAUUUAGUGCUAUGUGAUAAAACAUUCUCAAAGAGACUUGCAUACUCAUUUCUCGAGGAUCUUCAAACAGAAUUCGCAUCAAAUUACGGUUUUAAGGUUGAAACUGUGUCUAGACCAUACAGCUUUAUAGAAUUUGAUACCUACAUACAAAAAGUUCGGAAGAACUACAUGGACUCAAGAGCCAGGAAAAAUCUUUCCUCGAUAAACACAGAAUUGCAGGAUGUUCAGAGAAUUAUGGUACAGAAUAUAGAUGAUGUUUUACAGAGAGGAGAUUCCCUGUCAGUAUUGGACACCAAGGCCAGCAAUUUAUCUACGUUGUCAUCAAAGUAUAAAAAGGAUGCCAAAUAUUUAAAUUUACGUGCAUCGUAUGCUAAAAUAGCUGCAAUAGUUGCCGUGGUAGUUGUGUUCCUUCUAUUUAUUAGGUAUUGGAUUUUAUGA